UUUAAUAAAUUAUAAAAAUGUCACAGGAAGAAACUAAACUAGGAGCAAAGGAGCCGAAAAGACCAAAAGGACUGAUGAAUAGAAGAAAGAGAGUUGAGUUUGAGAAAAGUAAGAAAUUUUCAAGGAAAUUUAUUGGGGCAAGAUCGAGAAAGCAAGAAAAGAGAAAAUUGGUUAGUUUUGAUUUUGAAAAACUUUCUACAGAGAAAGAUGCCAAAGAGAAAAUUGUAGCUUACACUGCAAUUAGUCAGUAUAAAGAGGAAAAGCGAAAGGAUACCUUUACGCCAGAAGAAGAAAAUAAUGUUAUGCAAAUUUCAUCUCAGGAUCAUCCUUUAAUGAGUAUUGAUGAAUUAUUCUCAAUAAAUAAUGAGGACGAAAAUCCGAUCAAAUCCUGAGACGAGAAAAUUUAAAAAUCGAAUUGCUGAAAUCGUGAAGUUGAGAAUCCAACAAAUUAAGAAAAGCCAGAAUUUACUCUAUUUAUUAGUUAAUUUGUUGAAAAUAAAUUUCUCAUAAUUU